UGUUGGGCGCACAAAGUAUCGGGAUCAAACCCAGUAACAGUGGUCGUCACUGAAAUGUGUGCCGCAGCAGCACAGCGUGCUGCAGUAGCGUGCGGAUCGGAUCCACAGGGGAAGGGGUGCUACCUGGCAUAAUUUUUUUUCUGUGUGUCGUCACGGUGCAUACGCGUUUGUUGCCCCCGUGCAAAAGGUGUUCCAAGCAACCGAUAGUAUUCCGUAUGCUAAGAUUUGCUGAAUGAAAUCUUCUAGCUAGUUUAGUGGUUCAGUUUCAUCAUUUCAUCAUACUGGCCUGCGGCUAUUCAAUAGGCUGUGAAACAGCUCCGCAAGUUUGCCAAUCGCACAAUCCGAAACCAUACUGGUGCCUUGCAACCAAGCAUAAGUGUGUACGUAUGUAUGUGUGUGUGUGUGCUUGUGCAGAGUGGAGAAGAAAUUGAAGGGAAAGUUUUAUAAUUGGUAUAAUAUUCGACCCGUGAUGGACAGUAAGCAAUAAUUGUAGAUGAAGCUGCAAACCCUUCCAAUGGCAGCUAGGUGUAGUGCUGCCAUCAUUCGACGAGCCGGGAGACAAUCAAACCGCGAGAGAAGAUGUGUCCGGGUGUGAUGAACUUUGGUCAUGAUGGUGAUGAUGAUGGGUUGCACAGCAUGAUGACUAACGAGCGCAGUUGCAGUGUUAGAGACAACAGCAGUGGGACUGCCUAGCCGAAGCUGAAACCAAGGCAGAGACCAUUGGUGGCAGUAAGAAAAGCGUAGAACAAAAAAGGAUAAAGAAAGUAACAGAUACACAGACACACACACAAUGUCGUCUUCCGGUACAGCGGCGGUCAGUGGUGGAACGCUUCCCGCUCUGCUGAUGGCAAACGGAGGCAGUGUUGGCGGGGGAGGAGUAGGCACCGGUAAAGGUAUCGGCAAACCGGAUAUUAAACCACCCGGAUCGGGUCCAACCGUUGGUGGGUCGGGUGGCACCACCGGCAAGGUAUUGCUCGGCGGAGACAAACAUGAAACGUGGCAGAUGGAGCUGCUAAUGGAGCGGCUACGGACAAAGGCCAAAUCGGCACAGUACAAAACCUUUCCGGAGAUGUCCAAAUCGGUGCGGAUGUCUCUGUUGGAGAAACGAUACGCCUUAGAUGCGGUGGAAAAGUCAAAUCUACAGAAAACGCUCGACAGUAUGCAGUAUUGCAUUAAGGUGACCACCCGGCAGGGUUUGGUCGAACGACUCGAUUGUCUUACCAGACAGCUAGGCCUCAAACUAAGCGAAGACACGUCCGGCCUAUUCAUCUCGUCCGACAUGUUCUACCUCGAGAUCAUACUCGAUCCAGCCGGUGGUACUGUGCAGGACGUAAAGGUACACCACGAGUGUAAGAUGAAGCAGCAGAGCUGCAGCGAACUAGUCGCCUGUCUGCAACGGGGUGACUUUGCCGAUUUCACCACCCAGCUCGAAGGGCUAGCUUCGAUAUACCAGCUAAAUGCGGAGAAAAAGAUAAAGGUGAAUGCUUUCGUCGCUUUGCAAGCGCUUGAAACAGAUCUGCACACACUGUACACGCUGUCGCUGCAACACUUCGCGGACGUACACUCACAGCUUCUGAAAGCUCCACUCGGCGUGGUACAGAAGCGCCGUGGAGGGCACCCGAUGCGACUAACGUACUUUGUGGCACCGUACGAGCUGCUGGAUGUAGGCACACGCACCAUAAACACACUUUCGGCCGAACUGAUCGCGAAAGAGCGCAUCGGAUGCAGUGUGGCGGUCGUGCUGGAAGCGUCCAGUGCAAACAAACUGCAGAUACAACCGCUGCUGGUGGUGAAUGGUAGCGGGAGUGCGACCUCCGUCGGGCAACCCGUCUACACACCGAUCGAGAAACACAACUCUACCUCGUUGCCGGCCACAUUCGUGCUGCGGCUGAACAAACCGAUGCCAAUUAAUGGUGCGAUGAUGCGUGCUAUCAAGACGAUUGUUGGCGGUGGUGGCGGAGCGAACGAACAGCAGCAAGGUGGAGAAGGGACGGUCAGCGGUACCACUGGCCUACCGACGUCCCUUCUCGGACUGAUCGCUCACCACGCAUCCGGUGGAAGCGUGACGGAUCUUGCCAAGGGUUUAGUGGUAUCGCUACCGGAUCAGUAUCAUUGCUACUAUCUCACGGACAACCCAUUGCUCCGGGGCGUGAUGGUGAGCAGCAUACCGUUCACCGAACCGCAGCAUGUGCCGAAAAUCUUAACCUACCUUAGACAGCAGGCCAUCUUCAACCAACUGCUGUCGAGCUGCAUCCGUUCGACUUCAUCGGCUGCAGGUGGUGCCGGUGGUCGUCCCAGUGCAUUGCAGCUGCUGCUUGACGGUGGUACACACACGAUAGAGAACGGCACCGCCGGGGGAUUGCUUGUGUUUGAAGUGAGUGCACUCUCCUGUCAGAACAUAACGGUUUCGUUGAUACAUCCAUACGAGGAAUCGCUGGCAACGGUUGAGUUUGAUCUGCAAAACAUCGCUAACAUUAUCGUGCGGAUCUACUGCAGUGAGGGUGAAUCCAGUGAUGAGCACACGGUCGAACGGCUGUCGGCCGUGUUGCAGCGUUGUAUGUCGAUUCCGGUCACAUUGCGCGCGCUAAUGAAACAUUGGGAGGAAGAGCACGAGCAGAAGUUUAAACCGAACGUCCUUGGUGCCUCGACCGUUUCGUCUACUGGCGGUGGAGGUGGUCCCGGUGGCGCUGGCGGUGGUCUUAAUGGUGGCGGCGAUGGUACCGGAACUGGCGGUGGUGUCGGCAGUUCCGGUGAGGAUGGAAGUAUGAACGGAUUCAACCUGUCGUCACUCGGUGGUCCAGCAUCAACGGUUGAUGGGGCUGGCGGUGUCGGUGGGACAGGAGUAGGCGGAGGAGGAGGAGGAGGAGGCGGUGGUAGUGCGGCUACAAAUGGAACAUCGGCGCAGCAAACAGUCGGUCAGCGCGGGCUAAUGAAUGGCGAAGGGAACGGGCUGGUAGCGAGCGCAAAUCUUGGUCUAGACUUUUGUGAUAUGCUUGCCGAACGGAACGGUAAUGGAUUGGGUGGCAGUAUGGGAAGGGUGGCGGGUCCUUUAGGUACCCGGGAACCACCGGAACCGUUGGCGGGCGGUGCAGCAAAGAAACGACGCAUGGAGGAUUUUUGUAAAAGCCCAAAGAGUGAUAGCAACCUUAGCGUUGCUGUUGUUGGUGUAACUGAUGGCAGUGGUGUGGAGAAGGCGAAUGUCACCACAGCUACAACCGGUCUCACCACGGUCACCAGCCAGGAUGUGGCAGUAGCAGCCGCAGCAACAUCCGGUGGAACAGCAGCAGGAAACAGCGAACAGCGCAUGCAAGCUGGCGGUGCAACGGAGGAGGACACCGGCGGGUUGCCACUGUUCGGCGAGACGGUCCCGGUGGGUGGGACCGAUGCCAAGGGCAGCUCUUUGGGUGGAACAACAAUUACAAACACGAACGCAUCCGCUAAGAAUGAACCUCCGAGCGUCCUUCCGGCUGACGAUGAGAGUGCCAUCGUCGGUACCGGCGUCAAGAUGCCGCUUCAGUCUUCUUCUUCCUCCUCCUUAUCCUCACUAUCCUCGUCGGGGUUUUCACUAACCGGUGCCGCAUCCGGUGAUGCGAGUUCAGAUCGUCCCUGCCCGGGAACACUGCUGCUGGAAAGUCUCGAAAGUGCAGCGCUAGAAACUGACUCGUCAAAACGUAUCACAGGCCAAUCGGUUAAGCGACGUCGCAGUUCGAGCAGCUCGAGUUCCAGCUCUAGCAGUAGCUCAAGCAGCAGUUCGAGCAGUUCCACCACUUCCGGUGCGACGGAUGAGGUGGAAGAGAGUGUCGAUCUGGUAGAGGCGGAAAUGAGCAGCUUUUUUGCCGAGGUAAACAGCGCACAACCGAUUGCAGCGGCAACGCCGAAAGGUACGUUUGGUUCCGGACCUUCCGGAAAGCCAUCGCUGGGCCCGGUAUCGCCAAUUGCUGGAAAGCUUGUAUCACCGUCUGGUAGUGGUGGAAUAGAAAAACCUCUCGCGACGAUCAGUAGUUCUGGGUUGGAAAUAAUCCCCAUACCAACGGGGCACACUAAUAUUGCGGCAAGUGCAUUUCCUUCCACAACCGUUACCACCAACACACCGAUAACGGUGCCACAAAUCAUUGCCAACAGUACGUCCGCUACAUCGCUGACGACUACGUCCACAGCGACGAAAAAGACAUCUUCCUCAUCUUCAUCUAGCAGCAACAGCAGCAGUAGCAGCAGCAGUCAUCGCAAGGGCACGGAAUCAACGGAACGGUCCAGUUCGAGCAAAUCGGACAAGAAGAAAAAGAGAAAGGUCGAUGAUUCGGGCCACCUGGCGAUGGGACCACCGAACAAGUUACCGUUCAAGUCCGGUGAAUCUUCACCGCAUCGAAGCGGUAUCGGUGGCUCAUCAUCGUCGUCGGGGAACAAAUCGAGCCCAAAACACUCUAGUCCGGUACAUCACAGCAGCCCGAAGCAUACCGGCAGCAGUGCGUUGGGGUUUCACAGUCCCAAGCAUGGUUCGUCGGUGUCCCCGAAGCAUCCACUGCACUCCGGAGGUAGUUCAACCGGCGGUGGUAAGCCUAGCAUGUCGGCGCUAAAAUCGGCAGCGGCCAGUGGCAGUUCGCCUGGUACGAAAUCUUCUGAAACGAGCGGUACAGGAGUGGCAGGAGGUGGUGGUGGAGGUGGAAGUGGACUAAGCAUCUCCACCACCAGUGGUUCAUCCAAGGAACGCGAUAAGGAACGCUCGGAGAAGAAGACGCUUCAGUUUUCGGCCACUAGCGCUAGUGCCGGCUCAUCGCUGACAUCGAGCAGCACUGGCAGCUCCGGGUCUGGCUCAGGUGGAAGAUCGAAGAGUUCGGGUUUGAAGUUGAAACAGCUCGACCUAGCUGCUGGAUCCUCGAUGACGAUAUCAAUGACAGGUUCUGGGAUCGGUGAUUCCGGCUCUAGCUCUCCCGUCGCUCCAAUGAUCGAUCUUACCGGGCCGGGUUCCGUGCAGGGAUCUUCACUAGGUUCGUUGGGACUCUCCAGCACGGGACUGACCACGGCAAGCUCCAUGUUGCAGGCACUGCAAGCUGCUAAAAAUCGUAAACCACCAUCCUCUGCCGGUGGUACCGGAUUGGGUGGAUCUCUGAGUGCCGUGAUCGAUAAGCUAAAGUCGGCACAGUCGGCAGAUGACGAAGCGGUACUGGUACUGCCGGAAAUGACCAUCACCCAACAGACGACCAGCACUUCACUAGCGGCUAGCAGUGGUGGUAUUGGUGCUGGUGUGAAUAUUGGGGGCUUUGGAUCGAUUAGUGGUGGCGGCACGUUGAAAGAUCCCUCCAAAACGGGAAGUAGUCUACUGUCAGCGACAGGGUCCGGUACGUUGGCGAAUUGUGUUUCUUCCACGACAGCGAUUAGUGCCGCCUUAACCCAAGCAAGCUCCAUGACGAGUGCACCUUCCUUGACGGCGGCCCUUACGAGUGGGAAAGCAUCCGAGUACAUGGUAAAACCCAGCUCGGAUGGCAUAAAGUUGACAAUCCAGAACAAGAAGGGUUCUAGCAAGAGUUCUUCCAACAGUGGCGGAGGCUCGAAAUCCGGCAGCAGCGGCAGUAACAAAUCUGGCCUCAAGUCCGGUGUAUCCAGUGGGCCCGUCUCGUCCAAACAGCAGCAACAGAACCACACUACCUCCUUUAGUGGCGCUUUCCCGUCAUCGACGAAGACUCCGCACUACACCAGCUCCUCGUCCAAGACACCGUUUCAGAAAUCGAACUCGUUCGGUUCACUCGGUGGUGGAGGUGGUGGUGGGAGUGGUGGCAUCGGGAUGAAAUCUUCCAAGGUAAGCUCCCCGAAGUCAACCUCCAAUCCGGCCAGCUCGUCUUCGUCGUCCUACGCGUCGAAGGAGAAGGGUGGUCCUGCGUCGGGCCGUUCGAAGUCAUCCUCCGCCUCAUCAUUAACCGGUGCUGCAAUGCUGAGCGGUGGAGGAGCAGCUGGUGGCGGAGGAGGAUCUGGGACAGGAUCUUCCGCACUGGUAAACCCGAUAUCGAUCAUGAAGAUGCUCGGCUAUCCUACUGGGUCGAUGGGCAACAUGGAGGGUUUUGCGAAGUCACUCGACACGAAGUUUCAAAUACCGAAGUUAUCGGCACGCUCCAACAAUAAUGCAGGCACUGGUAGCGCCGGUCACAGCGAAGGUAAUGACGGUACCAAGAGCAUGAAGGAUUCGGCAGUGAGGAAACAAAAGCCACAGCUUCCUAUCACAGCUUCUACUACGUCACAAUCGGUCGGUUCGUCACCAUUACGAUCGUUCUCUACCUCACCAUCAUCCGGUGAUGCAAGUGCUCGGUUGCUUUCCGAUUUGCUUGGCGCUGCAGCGAAGAACAGUACCAAAAUGUCUGCCUCUGGUACUGGACCGACUGGUGGACCAUCUGUCGAUGGUGGUGGUGCUGGUGGUGGUGGGGGCGGUACUGCAUUACAUCCACUAUUACCCAACAUUGUGCAGAAGAUGUUUGGCAGUGAUGGUUCCCUGCAGAGCAAAUCCAACAGUUCCGAUGGCAGUAUGUUUCCUUCGGCAGGGCGUGCCUCACCCGGGAUGCUUUCCGGGAGCGCCAGCAGAGAUGGGUUUCGAUCCGGGACCGGGUCUGCACCGGGUACACCAACGACAACCGGUUCGAUGGUGCUGCCACCGUUUCCUUCACCCGUGUCCGGCGGUGCAUCGAACGAUGGUGAUGCGGGAUCGGGUGCUGGUUCGCUAAUGCGACCACCAUCACGACCCAGCAGUACGAUAUCGAACCAUUCACACUCGUCACAGGAUGGGAUUGGUGGUAGCGUUGGUGACGUUGGACCAUCGCCCGUAGUUACCUCGAUGGCAUCGAUGAUGAUGAUGAGUGCAAUGAGUGCGGCCGGUGGACAAUCGCCUGCGUCCGGUUCCUUAUCCUUAGAUAGUGCCAGCACACAACAGCUCAUAGCGGCACUAGCCGCAAAGAGUGGAGCCGCUGGUGGAGGUGGUGGGGGCGGUGGUGGUGUACUUCCACCUCCCAACAGUCUGCUCAACAACCACACACACCUGCACCAUCACGGCAAUCAUCUGAACAAUCAUGUGGUCGGUGGAACGACCCCGUCACUGAACAACCUUCCCUCGCCGGCCUCCGUUUCGGUGCAUCUCGUCAAAUCACCGGCACCCUCCCCACUCCCAUUCACCUCACCUCACUCUAAUGCUUCGUCCACGCACGGUGGACCCGCCGGCGGUGGACUCGAUGACGAUCUGAUGGAUGAAGCACUGAUCGGUAUUGGCAGCAAAUGACAUACAGGAUGAGAUAUCCACGGCAUGACGUGGAUUGUGCUUCGCUACUGUAGCAGAACGAGCGUACAAUGGAAAGGGUAAAGCAACCAACCCUUCACCCCACAUAUUACUGCCACAUACGAUGGAGGGAUGUUAGUGUUAAAUGUUUGCGCCUUAAUUAAUUCCCUUGCAUUGCAUGCGCAUCUCUCUCACCGCAGGGGAAGUUGCAUGAAGCAAUAAGCGAUGAUUGCGGUAUUUUUCGGGAAGCGGUUCUAUAACAUGCGCGCCGUAUUUUGUAGGGAAACAUUUAGAUCAUUGAUCAUGACACGAGAGCACACUCAAGUUAUUUAGUGUAAAGAAACGUAGGCAAUUUUGGGUGGAUGAACAAACAGAGAAAAUGGGACAGCAAAAAUAAACCAACGGUUUCUUACGUGGAGGAAUAUCUCCACUGAUUAAAUCGUACAAGGAUACACUCUUAUUAGCAUAACAUUAUAGCAGCAAACGGAGGUAGCAGUUUGCAGUCGGAAUCUUUCAGGUUGAGAGUGAUGGUUGAUAAUUUGAUUUUUGUUUCAUUUUCCACACAAAAACACACUUAAGCACUUGCCAAGCCUAAUGCAGCAAUGAAACAUAUUAGACGUGUUCUUACGAUCAUUUCUCUAACUCGAACUAUUUGCUCUGUUGUGCUCCACAGACGAAUAGAGAAGUUUGUAAUUGUACAUUAAAGAAUACUUACCCCUACCACAGACGAAUUGCAUCAGGAUGAUAUUUAGAAAGUAAACCCCAGAUAGAGAUAAUCAGCAUUAGGACGGAUAGUUAAGACCAAUGGGGCUUAAAUAAAGAGAUAAAAAAAUGGACAAAACUCAAA